AUGAAGGACAUUGCUCUUUUUUUUUUACCAGUGGGCAUAACUUUAUCAAUUUUGUUAUUAAGCGGCGUAGCGUUGUUUCAACGGAUGGCCAUAUAUGUUCAAAAAAAAAGCAUAAAUUUUCAAAUUUACACCCUCCAAAUAAAUGUAUCUAUAUCAUCAAUAAUAUCACUAUAUACAUUGUUAAGAUUGUCCUGUACAAUAUUUGAGUUAAGAAAUUAUACGGAUGUAAAUGGAAAUUAUGAGAAUAUUGGUUUUCAAAAUAUGAACAGGUCAUAUUUAAAAAAAAUAAGGCUUCAAAGGAAUUUUUGGAUGUUAUUAUUAUGUUCAGUAGCUUGGACAUUUUAUAUUCGUUUUACUUAUUUGCUUUUAUAUUAUCGAGAAAAAGUAAAGAGAAGUGAUAAUGAAUAUGAAAAAGUUUUAGAAGAAAAAAGAGAGGAAAGAAUAUACAAUAAAAUAUUACAAAGCGGAAAAGUAAUACCAAAAAACAGUAAUAUAUUAAAAGAAGAAUAUAAUAAUAUUGUUGAAAAUAAGUACGUAUCCAGUGAUGCAACAACUGAUGGAAAUGAUGAUUCAAAAGAAAUGUCUUCUGUUCUUGCUGACGACAGUAAGAAAAAUGCAAGUAUAAGACAAAGACGUUGA